GGGUAGGUAUCUAUGUUUGAAAACCAGGAGCGCUGUCAUUUGUUUCCCAGCCGGAGUGUUUUUCCUGCGACACCUUUCAUUUCUCCAGAACAGUUGUGUUUUCGCUCCAACAUGUCGAGUUCCUACAAAAGCAGGAUUCAGGAGUUUAAUACGGCACUGAGCGAGGAGAAGCUGGACCUGAAGGCACUACGGGAGCUCUGCUUCACUGGAAUUCCUUUCGAGGGGGGGAUUCGCUCUCUGUGCUGGAAGAUCUUGUUGAACUACCUGCCCCUGGACCAGACAUUAUGGGACUCUUUCCUGAAGAAGCAGAGGGAGAUUUAUUCCCAGUUUCUAAAGGAGAUGAUCAUCCAGCCGGGAAUCGCUAAAGCUAACCUGGGUCUCUCCAGAGAGGACGUGACCAUGGAGGAUCAUCCUUUAAAUCCAAACCCUGAGAGUCGAUGGAACAACUACUUUAAGGAUAACGAGGUUCUGUUACAGAUCGAUAAAGACGUCAGGCGUUUAUAUCCUGACAUGGCGUUCUUCCAGAGACCCACAGAGUUUCCCUGUCAGCUGAUCCUCGACUCACAGAAUGAGUACGAAACUCUGCGCAGACGCGUAGAACAAACCACACUUAAAGCUCAGACUGUGAACCGCAACCGCAGCGGAGUCACCAAUGUGAGUUCUCCUGGCAAGGCACUGAACCUGUACCCAUCCAACGAGUACGAGGUUUUGCCGAACGGCUGCGAGGCGCACUGGGAGGUUGUGGAGCGAAUCCUGUUCAUCUACGCCAAGCUGAACCCGGGCAUCGCCUACGUACAGGGCAUGAACGAGAUCGUCGGGCCGAUCUACUACACCUUUGCCACCGACCCUAACACACCAUGGAAAGAGCACGCGGAGGCCGACACGUUCUUCUGUUUUACUAAUCUGAUGUCGGAGAACCGCGAUAACUUCAUUAAGAGUCUGGACGACUCGCAGUGCGGCAUCACGUACAAGAUGGAGAGCGUCUUCUCCAUGCUGAAGGAGAAGGACAUGGAGCUGUACAUGAAACUGCAGGAGCAGAACAUCAAGCCACAGUACUUUACAUUCCGCUGGCUGACUCUGCUGCUCUCUCAGGAAUUUCUGCUUCCGGAUGUGAUCCGGAUUUGGGAUUCACUUUUCUCCGAUCAGGAUCGUUUCUACUUCCUCAUUAUCGUCUGCUGCGCCAUGCUCACUUUAAUCCGUGAUCAGUUGUUGGCAGGAGACUUUACAACGAACAUGAGGUUACUCCAGGAUUACCCCAUUUCAGACGUACACACCAUCCUGACUAAGGCUAAGGAGCUGCAGGACGGCUCGUAGCUCACACACACUCCUCAUGGAGAGAAACCACGGCAACCAGAAUCCACAACGACAACCAGAGCAGUGCCCCAUUGUGUCCUGGGAAGGAUGUCAUCAUUCUGCCCGUUGCAUUAUGGGAAAUUACGAGAGAAAACCUUAUGGCUCAACCUACGGCUCUCUCGUAGUCAGACUCACUGACUGUGUGUGUGUGUGUGUGUGUGUUGUGUGUGCGUGUGUGUGUGCGUGCUAUCGAUUGCACUGAACACUAAAAGGAAAUGGCUGUGUUUGUACCACUCUCCAAAUCUGCAAUCCAAGUGAAGGGUUCUUAGUGUUUUGGUUUUUUUUUUCUUUUUUCCUUGUUGUGUUUUUGUUUUUUUGUUUUUUUAAAUAAUUUUACUUUAUAAACGUCUUCUUUUUAUUUUAUCUUUUUUUUUACGACGGACGUUCGUGACGGAAAGUUAGCAGCAGCAUGUGCUAAUAAUCAGUUAUAAGAUUUUUGAGGCCAAAAAAAAAAAAAUGCAAACAAGACACACGUCUAUCUCGACACUCCAGUGUUACUGUUGCUAUGGUUACGUUUUUGGCAGAUUUUUAUCUUUCUGGCUGCUCAACAUUUAAACUCUAUGCUAUAAGGCAAUAAGGAAGAAUCAACACGGGGCUGUAAACAGUGUGGUGUUAAGUGUGUCCUAAUAAUGUGUCACCCCACAGAGCUGCCGAGUUCUGAUUGGUCAGCGCUGACGGUACCUAAGGUUUAAUAUUACAGGAAUAUGAAAGCCCCCUCUCUUAUACGUUAGCGUUUCUAUAGUAACGGCUCGGUCACAGGGACGUAUACAGAGGACACUGAUAAUAAUCCGUUUAAAGAGUGUUAGUUUAUGUACGUUAAUGGAAGGAUUCUCCAGGGUGAGCAGCGUGUAGAUUUCCCACAUCUUCGGGACAGGAGUUUAAACUGUGGGGUUUUUUUUAAUCACUAACUUCAGGAAUAAAAGUAAGAGCAGGAACUAAUUUUCCCCCCGAUUCUUCACAGCUGUACAGGAUUAAGAGUGAGGUGUAAGAGGAAUAAAACACUCAGGACAUGAUGUAAUAGGAAGAUAAUCAGCGUGAUGACAGUAACUCUGUUUCAUCACACAAUCCCCACACUGCUGAGUUAUUCAGUGUGACACCGGCAUGGUGAACUGAAGUUCUGAGCGUUAAGCCGAAUACAGGGACGUGCUGAAACAUCCUCGUCCAGAGUAAAGGAUAAAGAAGGAGAGAGGACGGUGUUGUGUGUGUUGGAAUUAUUGUGUCGUGUAAAUUAUUGGCUGAGGAUGAGUCAACACUGUAAAUCUCCAUAUACUCCAUAACCUUUUAUUAUUAUUCAUGAUAUCAUUCCAAGUCCUGAUGUAUGUAUUGUGUGUGUGUGUGUGUGUGUGUGUGUGUGUGUGUGUGUGUGUGUGUGUGUGUGUGUGUGUGUGUGUUUAGUAAACCAAUGAUACCUUUUUCACUGACAUGUAGCCCGCUCUGGUCCGGUUCUCUGAAGUCAUACGUAAUCGUGUGUAGAGAUUAAGAGCGUCAUUUAUUUUACUUUCCAAUCUCAGACCCCUUCAUCAUUUUAAUGAUUUGAUUGACAGGCGUUAACUCGACCAGUUGCAGACUUUAUCAGUAGUUCUGUUCAGGCUCUGCUACUGGAUUUAACACCAUAAUUAAUGGUUUAGUGUAACAUUGACUUUAGAUCACUGGUUCUGCUGAAAGAGGCUGGACCUCUACGUUCCUGCUGGAACAUGGCCAUGGCCUCUGCACCCGUCAGUGCUAAAGGUAAGGUGGCGUCUUUUGCCAGUCGUUCCUAGUAAAGGAGGCGUGGCUGAGGAGAUAGAGGUGUGGCCUCUGUACCUGUCAGUGCUAAAUAAGGUCUGUAGUUUACAGCGAAGAAGGUGUGGCAUAUAUGUCUUGUCAGAUCAAAGGAAAGGGGUGUGGACUUGAUUAAAGGAGGUGUGGCCUGUUAGUUCCUGUGAAGGAGGUGUGGCUUCUUGAUUAGAAUGAGAGAGACUCACUCUUCUGCUGAAUGAGGACGGUUCCAGAUCAAGGUCCAGCACCGUGUCUGUGGAAAAGCAUUACGAGUUUAUUAACCACCUACUAAUCCUGGUGAUAUAUUAGCAUAGAUGCUAUUUAACCUGCUAAUGUGUGUUUCUCUGCUGCCUCUGAUGCUAACCUUUAACACAGCAUGUAGACGUCUACGCCGUUUCUUUCCCUCGUCUCCGAAACGGAACCGAAAAAGACGUAAUGUAGCCGAACUGAUGCACAAAGCGGCACGUACUGAUACCUGCCUUCAGAAAAGUGUUAGCAAUAUCACACACACACACACACACACGACUACAAACUACGACAUUAUCAUUGUUCUGUUCAGUAAAACUUCUACGUUCUCCACCUUCCUAAUGCCACAGAUCUGAUCUGACUGCCUGAGAUCAUGACUGUCCUGCUUUAGGAGGCCUUAUGAGUGACCUUAAUGUCCGUGAUGAGAAUAUUGCAGUAUAAUCGUGGGGUUGAUUACAGACACAUGCUUCUGAAUCACAGUCACACUUUCCAGACUGAUUUAUUAAAUGUUCCACACAAAAAGGGACGAGAAAUGCAGAUUUACUGAAUGUGUUUCUUUUACCGUAUGAUUUAAAUGUUUUUGUGAUGCUUUCUGAUGAUUUUAACACUAAAGUGUUGCUUUUGGAAAAUCGA